AUGGUUCUUGGGGCUAACCCUCCAUUUGCUAUUUUUGAAGGAUUUAUUAAGAGGAUAUGGGGUAAGUUAGGUAUUGAUAGAAUUGCUUGGCUGAAUGUUGGAUUUACACUUGUGAAAUUUCGAGAUGAAUCCACUAGAGACUUGGUUUUGGAAGCUAGGGUUCUACACUUUGAUAGAAAACCAAUGAUAGUGAAGCCUUGGUCUGCUGAUUUAGACACUCUUAAGGCAGUGAAAUCUAUUCCCGUUUGGAUAAGAUUCCCAGGACUUGGACUGCAAUAUUGGGUCACUAAAUGCUUGAGUGCCUUUAUGAGUACAAUUGGGAACCCAAUACUGGUCGAUAAAGUUACUAAGGACAGAUCUAUGAUCUUUUGGAAUUUGAGUGGCUUCCAACUCAAUGUAGAGGUUGCAAAGUGUAUGGUCAUACUGAAAGAAUGUGUAAUAGGAAGUAAUCUGAGACUUGGAGGCAGAAAAGCCGAAAUGGAGAAGAAGAGGCUAAGUAAGAAAACAGCUACUAAGGAUUUGCCUGAGUCCCAGGAGGUGUCAAAGCAACAGGGUCAUUUAAUAGCUGCAACGAAACAAGUUGAUGAACCAGAUAGGAACUCCAGAGAAAGAUCUACUUUGGAAUGGACUACCCCGAAACAGAAACAACAAGUUUAUUUCAUGGAGAGUCACAACAUUCUUAGCUGGAAUGUUAGAGGUAUUAAUAAAAGGGAGAAACAGAAAUCUCUGAGUUCAUUUUGUUUUGUGAAUAAAAUUGGUCUAGGUGCCCUAUUGGAGACUAAACUUCGUGGUGAUAAAAUUGAGAAAAUGAUGAGCUCAUUUUUCAUUGGAUGGAGCUAUUUCUCAGGUUCAGCUUCAGAAGGUCGAAUUCUUCUUAAUUGGCAGCAACAUUUGGUUUCUAUUGAGGUUUGGAAGGAGAGUGAUCAGUUAUUACAUGUCUUUGUUAAAGAAGUGAAGUCUAAUAAGUUGUUUUGUGUUACAUUUGUGUAUGGUAGAAAUUCGAUUGAGGAAAGAUUGCCUCUUUGGGUUGAUCUUACUGGGUUGUGUUUCCCAGCCACUCCCUGGCUUGUGUCUGGGGACUUUUAUGCAGUUUUUGAGGGUACAGAUAGAGUUGGUGGCCGCACCAUUACUGCCCUUGAAUUGGCGGAUGCUCAAAAGUGGAGGGCCUUGGGAUUAGUCGAUGAGUUGCGCUCUAGAGGGUCUCAUUACACUUGGACCAACAAACAUGCUAAUGAGGACAAAAUUUACUCUAAAUUGGACAGAAUAUUUAAAAAUGAAGAGUGGUUGGACUUGUUCCCUUAA